GAUGAGAGGUUUCACUUCUGGAACCAUAGCCUUCACUUCUUAGACUUUAAAGAACUACUGGCUACUGAUGGGCUGCAACUCACGAAGACUGGGAAUAAUGUAUUUGGUAGUAGCAUGGCAAGUCUGAUCAAGAGGACUGUAAAUCCUUGGUGGAUUUGAGCUGGUAGCUCAGACAUCAGCCCAAAAUCAACCUCUAGACACAAGGAUGUGAAUUCUCGAAGAGAUGCUGAGGGAAAGAAUGGGAUCCAUAGAAAAACUGACAGUAAAUUAAUAGGUGCGAACAAACCAAUUUAAAAUGUCUAUACACCAGUGUAUAGAGUUUGGGAAAGAAACAAGAUGAACGUGAAGUCCUCGUGCUGGAAGGAUGCCGUUUGGCUGCAUUGGACUGCGGGAUGAAAAGAACUACAACAGCUUAUCUGACAUCACUGACAAAUAUGAAAUCGGGCAGCUACUGCGGGCGAAGGAGUUCUGUGAGAUCUGUGUGGCCCGAGAACGCCAAACAGACAGACUGUACAUCUGUAAGAAGUUUCUCAAGAAAGAUGGGCGCAAGGUGCGAAGGGCAGCCAAGAAUGAAAUCCUCAUCCUGAAGAUGGUGAGUCACCCCAACAUCCUGCAACUGAUUGACACAUUUGAGACCAGGAAGGAAUUCUACAUCAUCCAAGAACUGGCCACUGGUGGGGAUGUUUUUGACUGGAUCCUGGAUCAGGGCUACUACACAGAAAAGGAUGCCAGCAAUGUCAUCCGGCAGGUGCUGGAGGCAUUAGCUUAUCUGCACAACCUGCACAUUGUUCACCGCAACCUCAAGCUGGAAAAUCUCAUGUACUACAACCAGAACAACCGCUCCAAAGUGGUGCUGCGGGAUUUUUAUCUUUCACGUUUUGAGAACGGUGCCAUUACUGAACCCUGUGGGACCCCUGAAUAUUUGGCUCCUGAGGUGGUUGCACGACAGCGCUACGGACGCCCUGUAGAUUGCUGGGCUGUUGGGGUUAUCAUGUUUAUUCUUCUGUCUGGGAAUCCACCGUUCUAUGAUGACACAGACGAUGAGAACAGUGACAGUCACAACCGCCGCAUCUUCCGUAAAAUCCUGGCUGGGGAGUAUGACUUUGACUCCCCCUAUUGGGAUGAAAUCUCUCCUGCGGCCAAAAAGCUGGUGUCACGGCUUAUGGAAGUUGACCAGGACCAACGAAUCACAGCUCAGGAAGCACUGGGACACAUCUGGAUAUCUGGAAACAUUGCUUCUGAAAAGAAUCUCAAGGAAGGGGUCUGUGCCCAGAUUGAAAAGAAUUUUGCCAAGGCCAAGUGGAGGAAAGCCAUUCGGGUCACUACAUUCAUGCAACGUCUCCGGGCUUCGGAUGUCAGUGGCCGCCUCCCUGUCACCCCCCGUUCUUCCAUGAGCGUCGCUCAUGAGGUCACCAUUGAGGCGCCAAGGCCGGCUGAAUGUUUGGAGUCACCAUGCCCACUGGAGGAAGAGGUGCAGGAGCAACAACCGAAGAGCAAGACAGAAGGAGCGGCUGAGAAAACCGAAUAAUGGCUCCUGCUUUCCCCUGCCCAACCCUAUAUUUUGAAGCCUUCUCUGCUGAAUCCACAUACCCUGUCUUUGGAAGGGGAGAGGUCUGUGGGGCAGCAGUCCAGGCAAGGAACGUGGGAGAACCAUAGCAGUGUUGACCCCAUUCCCCAAUCCUUGCCAUGGGUCAGGAGCAAGAGCUGCUUGGUUUGGAUGGAGAGGCAAGUAGAAAAGAAGGACCAAUCAACCACAUGGAGAGAGAUAUUCUAUCCAGGAAGGAAGGUCGGAGGAUUAUAGGCAGGAUAGGAGAGGUACUUGUCAGCUUUACAGUCCCUUCCCCAAUUGAGAAUGCACCUAACUCUUUAGCAGGAGUGUGGGAGUCCUUUUUAGGUCUUUCCCAGUAGCCAGCACAAGCUGUGUCCCUUGCCACAUAAGAUUCCCCACCCCAUUCAGACAAACUCCCUUUGCUCAAUAAGUGUUUCACAAGGCCACUGACCAACAUUAUACACCGCCUCCGUCUCUGUGACUUUACAGGGGCUUAAGAGCAUAGGAGAUUUUGGCCCACUUCUCCCUUCCCUCACUAAACAAAGGAGAGGCAAGGUUGAGCCACAGAGGGGGAAACUUUCUCUACUACCUCUGGGUGCCCUUAGGCGCCCAGAAUUCCUUCACUGGAGCCAUUACUACAAGAUCAAAGGAAUGGAGAGCUGUUCCGAAUGAUCAAAGCAUGAGUCCCAGGAAAGUCCAUUGCAGGGGUCGGGGAUCCAUUUUGUAGCCUUGCCCUGCUCCACUCUGCUCAGCUCCAUAUUUCACUUUCUGUAAUGGCGGGGCAGUUUGGAAAGUGUGUCCUGCUGGUGAUUGCUGCCCUGCUGGUUUGGAUCCCAACUUCAGCUGCUGGACUGUGGAGGGAGGGAUGGGGUCAGAGGGAUGCAUGCCCAGGCCAGCUGCAUGUUUUAUGAAGAUGCUAUUUUAAUACAGAAACUACCCAGCUGCCCCUCCCCUGGUGCUGUCUUUCCCUCUCCCGGGGCAGCUCUGGGAAAUAAAAUAAACAGGGUC